UUAACUAAAUGUUCUGCUUUUAAAUCUAACCGCAGUGCAGCGAAAGUUUACAUCUAUUCAGCAUCUGUCAAUCUGACCUCUGUAUCCUUCACAAAUCCAACGCGCGACGCAGAGCGCUAAGGAUGAAGAUUGAAAACAGCCUGCCUUGCUCUCAGCUCCCUGAGGCCCCUCCUCAGACCGGGCUGCAUUUUACAGUGGCAACGGAGGAGGACUUUGAUGACAUCAUGGCCAUGAGCAAGGAUAUCUAUGGCGGCCUGGACUAUCUGCCCUCCCGCUAUCAAGCCUGGCUGCAAGAGAGCAACCGCACUGUCAUUUUGGCUCGUAAGCAAGGCAAAGUGAUUGCACUGGAGUCAGUGUGUGUUAUUGAUGAUGGCGAGACCAUGCUGGUGGAAGGGCUUCGUGUUGCCCCCCAGGAGAGGGGGAAAGGUGUGGCAGGGGUACUUCUUCGGUUUUGCUCUCAAUUGGUUAAGUCCAAGUACCCUGACGUUAAAGUCAGCAGGCUGACAAGAGAUGACCAGCUGGGGCCAAAAGACUUCCAGAAGUACCGGCUCAUCACCAAACAGGGAAUCCUCCUGGUGCGCUUCCGUGCUGAAGACCUAAAAUUAUGCCUUGCUGAUCUUGGGCCUAAUAUCACUGUAGCAGGGGAGGGUCUGUCCACCACAAACUUCCCGGUCCGUUUGGAGCCAGCAGAAGUGCAUCAGCUCUUCCUAAGCGGUGUUCUAAUGCAUGGUGUCCUUCCCAAUGCCACCAUCGUUCAAGAUUGGCAGCCCUUCAAGCCUCUGCCUAGCAACAUGGCCAUCCUGCUGAAGAAGGAUAUUGAUUGGAUGGUUGAUGAUGCCAGGCGCCCAACCAUGGCCAGCUUGUGCACCUUCCCAUUCCGUGUGCCAAUCGGUGAUGACUGGUGCUACCUCAACAUCGACAUGUUUGGUAAAGACCUGACGCUGGCCAUACAACAGCUGUUGUGCCACCUGAGGUGCCACACUGGCACUCUGAAGGGUCACGUUAUGUGUCAGGUGUUCCUAGAGCCUGCGCUGUGGAAGCCUAUGGCUGAUUUUUUUAGGGAAACCCUUAAAGUGGAGCUGGUGAAGGAGUACACAGAGCAGUGUGUCGUGGAGUCUGAUGUCGUUUAGUCGAGGAGCAUCAGAAACACCUUCCCUUAAAAUUAGACACCAAACCUACAUAAACGUAAGGAAUUUGAAUAUCUCCAUCAAAUUUGGCAACUAAAAAAAAACACCUAAUAUAUCUACUAUAAAGGGACGAAAAAAACUUCAGUUCUAUUCCGCUUAAUGAAAAUGCUCUCAUAGGAUUUAAUUUAUUUUAACAACAAUUAAUAAAAAAAGGCAUGUAAGUGAACAAACUAGAAUAAAAGUAGUAGACGCUUGUUUAGGUUACUUAAUUUAUUUCCAUAUGCAGUACUGUAAACGGUGGCGCUGAAUGGACAGGGACUGGAAAAGAGGGAAGCAGUUUCAGAUUAUAUAAAAUAGGGACCCAAAUUGUUCCAGGCCCUUUCAUUUCUGUCAGCAUCACUGACAGUGAAAGCAUAUUUACUCAUGCUGAGUUGAAAAGAAAACUGCACAAACUUUAGGGCACUUUAUGAAAAAAAAAGGGGUCUCACUUUAGUGUCUGUUGUUUUUUCAGAAUGUGGCACUGUAGCUGCUAGAGUAUUUAGAGGGAAAAACAACAUUUCUAGGACUUUAUAACAGGCUGCCCAUGUGCAGACCGAAAUGGUCUUUAAAGGCAGUUUUAAUUAACCUGAAAAUACUAAAAAUUUCCACAUGGGAAAAAUGUAAUUUCAGACUUUCUAAUAUGCUCCUUGAAAAAUUAGUAAUAAUUCCUCUAAAGGUAUCAAAUGAUAAAUGUCUGGCUAAGAACUUGCUUAUACAUUUAGAUUACAGUCUCAAGUUUUUGCUUUAAGUACUUGAACCUGUUUGUUAAAAUGACGUUCUAUCAGUAUUUGUACCUAACUGUAGAAGCGCAAUUGUAAUAAUACGCUGGAAUAUUGCUAGAAGUACAUACAGUUAGAUAUGAUUCAUAACUAAUAAUGAAACAGACAUGUAUAAUU